GUCACCUCCUGCAAAGUACAGAUGGAACGCCCAAAACUUCCAAAGUUCAGCGGUGACGUGAGAGAGUUUGCUACGUUUCGAUCGGACUUUCAUCAUCUCAUCGAUACUCGAUAUAGCAAGAGAGAUGCUGUCACCAUACUGCGUACCUGCCUCCAGGGAAAGCCCUUGGACAUGAUAAGAGGGGUAGGCAACGAUUACGAUGCUGCUUGGGCAUACCUGAACUCUGUUUUCGGUGACCGGCGAUUUAUAGCAGAUGCCAUAAUCUACGAUGUGAAUUCUUUUAGGGAUUUGAGGGACGGAGAGGACUCCAGAUUUUGCGAUCUGGUGCACCUGUUGAGGCGAAGCUUCAAUACACUGAAGGAAGUUGGCUGUCCACAAGACAUUGACAACAGCCAAACGUUGGCUCUAAUAGAGCGCAAGAUGACCCUCGAAGACCGGAAGGUGUGGUUCAGACAUGUAGAAAGUGCUGACAAGGAUGUCAGUUUGCAGCACUUACUGGACUGGAUGGAGACGGAGAUGAUGACACGUAUGCGGGCCACUGCACCACUUAGAAGUGCAACUAGUAGCAGCAGACAGAAGAGCACUGUCCACCACGUUAGUGCUGAGGACAGUAAACAGAGAAAUGAUAGUAACCAGUAUACCCAAUACAAAUGCUGGAUCUGUAAAUCAUCGGAGCAUUGGGUUGAUCACUGUAAGAAGGUCCUCUCCAAGAGUCAGACAGAGAGAUUCCAGUUAAUGAGAGACAAUCAUGCUUGUUUCAGUUGUCUCAAGAAGGCAGGCAGAGAGCACAACAUGAGAACCUGCAAGAGAAGGAAGAGGUGCUCUAAAGAGAUAAAUGGGGAGCAGUGCUCUUCAUUCCAUCAUCCUCUUCUGCACAGGGAAGUCCAAACCAGAAGUGAGAUAGUAGCCAGUGUAGCUGGAAAGUCGGCCCUACUGCCAGUGGUUAUGGUGAAAGUUCUUGGUCCCAAUCAGAAGAGCUCAACAGUCAACUGUCUGCUAGAUUCAGGAGCCCAGAUAAGUCUGGUGAAGCAGUCAAUGGCAGAAGACAUGGGUUUGGUUGGGAAACCGAUCACAAUCAACAUCACUAAGAUCGGAGGCCAUGUUGAAGAAGUACAGACGAAACUGUAUAGGAUGAGACUACAGUCCCUUAAAGGCAAGCAGGCUUACGGAGUGUCGGCACUUGGGUUGGAGUGCAUCAACGAUAAUGUAGCAGAAGUUCGGGUUGAUGAGCUUGCAAGGACAUUCCACCUGAAGAAGGAUCUUCUACACCGUGGUUUUGGAUCCAUCGAUGUGUUAGUAGGAACCGACCAUGCUAAGCUUCAUAAAGGAGAAACCAGAGAGAGAGGGAAUAUGUUGGCAAGGCAUUCACCUUUAGGAUGGGUAGUGUUUGGAGCUACCUCAAAGCAACAGCCAACCAAGAGUACAGUUAUGAAUGUUAUGCUUGCCAACUCAGUGGACUUCAAUGAUUUCUGGACGACAGAACCAAUUGAAGUUUGUCAUGAUCCAGUGCAGUGCCAUCCUAGUGGUAUCAGCAGGCAAGAAGCAGAGGUGAAUGUUGCAGAUGAUCUCACCCAAGAUUUGAGUGAAGAUGAGUUUGACGGCAGAUGGCAGCACGGACCUGAUUUUCUGUGCCAACCAAAGUCAGAGUGGCCAGAAGAACCAAAGCUAGAGGGAAAGGUGCCUGAAGUUGAAUCAGAAAGAGGUAAAGAAGAACAAUCAGUCUUGAUAGUAACCAACAAAGAGGACGUCAUUGACUGCAAGAGGUUCUUCAGCUGGAGAAAGUUGAUCGGAGUGACACUAUAUGUGCUGAAGUUCGUAAGAAAGCUGAGAUCAAAGUGCAGGAAGGAAAUUGAUGUUGGUGAUAAUGACAACAUUGGCACUUUGACACCUGAUGAGUUAGAGAAAGGAGAAGCAGUAUUGAUCCAGAGUGCCAAGAAGUCACUGAAAGGCAGAGACAAUAUGGGAGAACUGAAAGCCCUUAGUGCUCACACAGACGGUACAGGCAUCACCCGAGUAGGAGGCAGAGUUGAUAGAGCUGAGAUGUCGUUUGGAAGGGAACACCCAGACCUGCUUCCUUUCAAACACGACAAGUUCACACGACAUGUCCACAACAGUAGUGGUCAUACUGGAGUUGCAGCCAGUACAGCAAAGGCCAGAAGGAGGUAUCGGAUUCUGAAGGGGCAUAGACUAGCGAAGACUGUCAAGUUCAGAUGUGCAGUGUGUGGAGCAUUUGAUCAUAAGGCAGAAUCACAGGAAAUGACCGAGUUACCCAGAGAAAGACUAGCCCCACAUACACCACCAGUUUUGUUCACAUGUCUGCAUUUAGAGUUUGCAACUGAAUGUUCCGCGAUGGAGUUUGUUCAAGUACUUCGUCAAAUCUUUGCUUUGAGAGGGAAGCAAUCACAGAUUUGGAGUGAUAACAGUACUCAGUUUGUAGGUGCUCAACGUGUGCUAAAGGAGUUCUGUACUGUAAAGGGAACGAAAUGGACGUUCAUAGCCCCGCAUCACAACGGCUGCGCCGAGUCAUUGGUGAAGAGUUGCAAGUCUGCUCUCAAGAGAGCCAUUGGAGAGCAAAUCCUGACACCGUUUGAUCUGUAUACAUGCCUGAUAGAGGUGGCCAAUCCAGACAAUCAACCGCCGAUUGGCAGAAUCCCGACUGAUCCUGAUGAUGGGAGCUACCUGAGUCCUAAUGACAUGCUGUUAGGAUGUGCAUCCAGUGAUGUCGCACAAGAGCCGUUCCGAGAAACCAAGAACCCAAGGCAUCGAGUAGAGCUCAUCCAACGGAUUGCAGACGCCUUCUGGCAGCGUUUGAGAAGAGACGUGCUCCCGUUAUUGACGCCAAGAUGGAAGUGGAACAUUGAUCGUCGCAAUUUUUGUGUCGACGAUAUCGUUUUUGAUGGCUGACGCCAACGCGUUACGUGGAAAAUGGACCAUCGCUCGCGUUGUGGAAGUGUAUUCAGUAUACCCAGUUGAAGGCUACGAACAGUAAUAUAGCAAGUGUUAAUUUAAUGUUAAUGUUUUUCAUGAGGAAAGUUCCCUCAUUGGGUGGGGAGGAUGUUUCGCCGAGCGAUGAUUUUUGCUUGGUUUAGAUUUUCUCUUUUUUGCUCUUAUAAGCUACCAUAGGUUAAGUUCGGCACUGUCGCCAUGUUCUUCAGUCAACGCAGUGCACAGUCAGAAAUGUAGUCCAGUUUGACUCAUUUACCAGUUAACCCGUCAGUUGCCAUUCAAGUAUUCCCGACGAAGUUUUGUCCCGCCACAGAAAUCGAAUAAAUAAGCUUCACAGCUUAAUAUCUCCAUUUACGGCUGGACUCCCAAACUUCAUUUUU